AUGUCAAACAUCACAAGUUGUGAUAGUGGGAGCUUCUCUACAGAGAAUAUCAGAGAAGAUGCAGCAGUUAAGCAAUCUGAGAUGCUUGGUCAGUUCCAUAGUCCACAUUCUCAUACUUCGACUACAACAACAAAUAAUAGCAAUGGUUCCAACACAAAUUCACAACCACCUGUACCUGUUAAGAAGAAAAGGAGCCUACCAGGAAAUCCAGAUCCAAGUGCUGAAGUUAUAGCUUUAUCACCAAACACACUGAUGGCCACAAACCGGUUCAUAUGUGAAAUCUGCAACAAAGGGUUUCAAAGAGAUCAAAACCUUCAGUUGCACCGGCGAGGCCACAACUUGCCGUGGAAGCUUAAGCAGAGAACAAGCACAGAAGUUCGAAAGAGGGUUUAUGUUUGUCCAGAACCUUCGUGUGUCCACCACAACCCUGCAAGAGCACUUGGGGACCUCACAGGCAUUAAAAAGCACUUCUGCAGAAAGCACGGCGAGAAGAAGUGGAAAUGUGAUAAGUGCUCAAAGAAAUACGCUGUCCAGUCUGACUGGAAAGCCCACUCAAAAAUCUGUGGUACAAGGGAAUACAAAUGUGACUGUGGUACCAUCUUUUCCAGAAGAGACAGUUUCAUUACACACAGAGCUUUCUGUGACGCACUGGCUGAAGAGAACAACAAAUCCAACGAAGGACAAAUACCAAAGAUAGGUCCAAACUUGCAAUGCCAACAGAUUCCAAAUCUCGUUUCCUCGUUACCAAUCAACACCAACAUUGUUCCCAACCCACAAAUCGGUGGCACCUCGGAGUUCAAUCAUGCUGAACACAAGCACCCACCAUCACUCCCACACGAGCUCACGCCAAUGCCUGCACCAAAACCCUUCAACAACACCACCACCAUGGCAGGAACAGUGUUCACGAGAAGCCUCUCAUCAACCUCUUCUCCCUCUCUCCAACUAAGUUCAAAUAUUUUCGAGGAAAACGGGCUCCACCUGGCUGCAGGGUCGCCACACAUGUCAGCCACGGCACUGCUGCAAAAAGCUGCGCAAAUGGGAGCAACAGUAACAGAUAAAACUUUUGCCACAAACAUGGCACCGCCAUCGUUUGGCGUGCUGCAACAGCAACCGAAUGGACAAUCCUUCAUGAACCAAUAUAUGCACAGUGGCCAACAUGAUGUCAAUGUCAACAUCUCCGCUCAGUAUAAUGGUUUCGGUGUAAAUGGGAUGGGUGGAGGGAGCGUUGGAAUGAAUGGUGUGGACAUGUUCAACGCUAUUUUGGACCAAAGCAAGGCUUUAUCAAAGAUCAUAGAGCAAAACAAUAGAAGCAGCAGUGUAGGACCAACAAAUGGAGUUUCAAGUGGUUCUAUUAACGUUGGUGGAAGUAAAGGAACUGGAGAUGUAAUGACGUUGGACUUUCUGGGAAUAGGAGGUGGUGGUGGUGGUGGUGGAGGUGGUGGGGGUGCACAUGGAAACUUCUAUGGUGGUGCUCAACAAGCAGAGAAUGGUGCACCGGAUGAGGUUUGGAGAAACUGGUCUAGUAAGAACGCAGGGUUUGAAUCAUUUUCAGCAACAAGUAGCAUUUGA